CGUUCACUCACUCAGACUGAUGGAGACUUCAGGUCUGACCGCGCGUGAAGCGCCGCAGUGUGUUGUCAGAAUUACUAAAACAUGGUGCUGGAAAGGUUGUUACCUGGAAGGAAGGAGUCUAUGAUCAACACCAAUUAGCUGCAUAGGAGGUGUAACAAUGCCAGACUCCGCCCUCUCUCCACCAGUUCCACCAAUCACUGCUCUGAACUGUUCCUUGGACGUAUCGAAUUGCUCCUUCGCUAACCUCACAAUCGCAUAUGGCGAUGAGUGCUACGGCAGCCACUCUUUGUUUGUUGUGAUGGCCAUUGCCUACAGUGCUGUGGUACUUUUGGGUGUCGUCGGCAACCUGGCUCUCAUCCUCGUCAUCACACGGCAGCGGGAACUUCACAACGUCACAAACGUCCUAAUCGCAAACCUCUCUGUUUCGGACCUGCUGAUGUCCCUAGUGUGUCUGCCGUUCACCUUCAUCUACACCUUCAUGGACCACUGGGUGUUCGGCGCAGUCAUGUGUAAACUCAACAGCCUGGUCCAGUGCUGCUCCGUCUCGGUGUCCAUCUUUUCCUUGGUUUUGAUCGGCAUUGAGAGACACCAGCUCAUCCUACACCCUCGCGGAUGGAGGCCAAACCUGAACCACGCCUGUCUGGGCAUCAGCCUCACUUGGGCCCUGGCCGCCCUCACUGCCACACCCUUUCUGUUGUUCUCCAGGGUGACAGACGCCCCGCUGAAGCAGCUGCCCUCAGUGUUUCAGGAGCAGUACAGGGGAAAGGUGGUGUGUGUGGAGGAGUGGCCCUCCAGAGAAAUCAAGCUCACCUACACCACUGGCAUGCUGGUGCUGCAGUACAUCACUCCUCUCAUCUUCAUCUUCAUCUGUUACUUGAAGAUCUACACACGUCUGCAGCGGCGUAAUAACAUGAUGGACAGAAUGCGUGAAAACAAAUACCGUAGCAGUGAGACUAAACGGAUAAACAUCAUGCUCUUUUCCAUUGUCGUGGCAUUUGCGGUUUGCUGGCUCCCGUUGAACGUCUUUAACGCUGUCAUCGACUGGAACCACGAAGUGGCUAUGAACUGUACCCACAAUCUCCUGUUCUCGCUGUGUCACUUGACUGCGAUGUGCUCGGUCUGCAUAAACCCAGUGUUCUAUGGGUUCCUAAACCGCAACUUCCAGCGUGACCUCCGGGCCUUCCGACUCUGCAAGAUUGUGUCAGCACGGGAGAAUGAAUAUGACAUGGUUGCAAUGUCGACUAUUCACACGGAUGUGUCCAAGAUGUCACUGAAAAUUAGUAGCCUAGAUCUCUAA